UACUCCCUUCGAUGAGAAAUUUUCGGCAGAGAUGCGCUCAUAUAGGAUGCAUACUCCCAGUUACCAUUGGUUGUGGGUACUGCUGUUUAAAUCACAGUAAUAUGGCUUCUACUUCUUAUGGGAGUUUAUCCUUCCACUACAUUGGCGGUUUCACAGAUGCAGAUGAGAGGCUGAGGACGUGCUGUCUUUGUCUGUACAAUCGACGUAGAGGGUUACAAGUGGGUGUCCCAAAUCUUUCCUAGGGGAACAAUCUUUACCACGGUUCCAUGGCAACAAACUCGGGUCUUCCGCACAGACAUGGAAUCAACUACUGAUUGGCUAUUUUUCACCACUCCACCAACUAGUUACGCGGCAAUGAGCAACUCAACCUUGAAGUGGCACGCAAAUCAGCGGAGAGUGGUACACAUUGAAGGUUACGAUUCUGUUUUUCAUACUAUUCACAACCUCAGAACUACUUCCAAAGUUGAAGAUCCUGAUUUGGCGUCGACGUGUAAGGCAUGGCAUCUGCAUCUAUUUCAACGUGGAGACCACUCUCUGUAUUGCCUUUCAUAUGGCGGAAAAGUAGAUGCCGAACCAUUGCUUCGUAGUGAGAGAUGCACGAAAGAUUACCAUCUUCCUCCAGAUAACACUCCUGAUGAUUCUACUCCACCACGACCUCGAGGCCAUCUCGUUCUUGUAAAGAAAAAAAGAGAUGAUUUGCCAAGGGAAACCCAAAAAAGCUCUUCGGGUGUUUGUAUUAAGAAGUUCUUGAGUAACUACGGCUUUAACAUUGGAAAGGAAAUAUAUUUCCUAGGAACAUGGGGUAAACAUGUGAGCGGAUGUGGCAAUUGGGGUAUAAUUGUUCAGCUCAGGGAACUUGAGAGGGGAGUUAAUAUCUUUGUUGCAACUCCUGGCCGGUUAAAUGAUUUGCUAGAGAGAGCUAGAGUCUCCAUGCAGAUGAUUAAAUUCUUAGCUCUUGAUGAGACAGACAGGAUGCUGGACAUGGGUUUUGAACCACAAAUCAGAAAGAUUGUUGAACAAAUGGACAUGCCUCCACGUGGAGUGAGACAGACAAUGUUGUUCAGUGCUACAUUUCCAAGGGAGAUCCAGAGACUUGCAGCUGAUUUCAUGUCAAACUAUAUAUUUUUGGCUGUGGGAAGUGUGGGUUCAAGCACUGAUUUAAUUGCCCAAAGGGUUGAGUUUGUCCAGGAGUCUGACAAGAGAAUCCAUCUCAUGGACUUGCUUCACGCGCAGAGAGAGACCCAAGACAAGCUUGUGAGAGGGAAGGAGAUGUGUAUUACUACUGUGAACCCGUGUAUCACAACUGUGGAUUACAUUCGAGGUGAAGGUUUGCUGAGUAAUGGUGGGAAUUCUAUUGGUACCAUAGUAAGCAAGAUUAAGGGGGGAUGUUGCAAUUGGUGUUUGGUCGUUCAGGUUGACACGGAGAAUACUGGAUAUUUGCAUGAUAAACUUACCUCUAAUCAAAAAGCAAGUUCUUCAGAUACAGAGACCGUCAUGAGUAACUACGCCUUUCAUGUAGAUGAUUUUGAAGAAAUAUUGAAGUAUUGCUGGGGUAAACAACUUGUGGGAAGGGAACGAUAUUUCCAUGGCAGCGGUAAAAAUGUGAGAGGAAAGGACCCGUGUAUAACUACUGUGGAUUACAUUCGAGCUGAAGGUUUGCUGGGUAAUGGUGGGAAUGCUAUUGGUACAAUAGUGAGCGAUUUUAAGGGGGGAUGUGGCAAUUGGUGUAUGGUGGUUCAGGUUAUGGAUAGUUCUGAAGUUAGAUUUGGAUGGAAGGUCAACAAAUCUCAGGCGAAAUAAGAAUAUAGUGAGAGAGAUAACCAGUCACUUAGCAUCUUUUGAGGAGGUUUUCUUUUUUACAGCAAGAGUGGAUGUGGCCCUGGAUUAGUAUAGCGGAUGUGGCCCUGGAUUAGUAUAUUGUUACUUUUAAAAAAACAUUACAUGUAAAAUCAUUUUGUGGUGUGUGGUGCUGCUUUCUAGAAAGCCGCCUCCAUAUUCGUCUUAUUGGCCGGAGAAACAUUGACUUCUUCUACAUUGACUCAAAAAAAUUUCUGUCCUUUAAUUACCAUCUAAUUGUCUAUGAUUUAAAAAGAUA